AUGGAUCUGCUGGCUGGCAGCCUAGCUGCAGAUAAGUUAGAAGGGCAGCCUUUGGAUGUGUUGCUGACUCUGUGGAGGCAGUUAUGCCCUGAGCAGAAAUACCGGCCAAUGGACCAGGGCCAGAAGGCCAGGCUGCCCAGGUACUGCCUAGCUGGAGUGGGGAAACCAGUGGCCAAAAGCGUCCACUCCACCGAGAGGCUGUGGAAGAAGGGUCGCGAGUUCCAGGACAGAGUCAGUGCUCAGAAAACCAAAACCAGCCAAGCAAAAAACUCCGCCCACUCCUCUGCACAGGUCGUCCGUAAUACACCUUUUUGUUCCCCUCCUCGGGAAAGCAAAGAGGUGGCGCGGGAGCGGUGGGGAGCGCUGUUGGUACGCAACACCUUUCCAUGCAUCUUCCCGAUCUCCGUUCUGGAAACCGGGGCGCUCUCAGGCCGUCUACCUCUUCCGGUCGCGCGGGGCAGAAGUGGGCCCUGCAGUUCCUGCUUCUCGGCCGGUUCGGUCCCGACGCUUUCGGAGGCGCGGCCUGGGCGCGAGCCGGCUAAGCAUCGCCCGGAACCGCCGGGACUCGUCCCGGGAUCCCGAGUCCGGGAAACAGAACCGGACUGUGCCUGCAGUUCUGUCAGACCGGGCUGUCCCCGAGCGCGGUGGCGCCGGUCUGAGUGCCAGCGCUCGGGUCGCCGUGAGCUCGCGGCCAGCCUGGACUGCACGCUGAGCUCGUGGCCAGGCUGCACUGCAGGCGAGACCUCGCGCGGAGCGGACGGGGCUGCGGUUCGAACUCACGGAGGAGCCUGCAGAGUCUGCGUGUGUGUUUUGCUCUGUCUGGACAUCGAGUCCGGCCUGACCUUGAGCUCACUUUGUGGCCUAGGCACGCCACAGCGGGUCCCAGCCUCCGGCUUCCCCUCCGCGGGCUGCGACUUCAGGCGUGGCCGCCACGCCGGGCUCAGCGCCCUCCUCCCGGGGGCGGGACACCGCGUCCCCGCGUCUCGCAGGUUAACGAUUGGCCGCGAGGAGGCGGGCCGCCUGGAGCGCGGGAGCCGGGCGCGGUGCGGCAGGUCCCCCGGCCGCCAGGCGCCGCCUCCACCUUCCAGGCCGGCGCCGGACCGCGAGCGGGGGCGCAUGGAGGCCGAGAGCCGCGCCGGCCCCCGCGGCCCGCAGCCCCGCGCGCUCGGCAGCCUGGCGCGCGCGGUCGGCGGCAAAGUCUGCACCUGGUAUAUCUUGAAAACAGUUGUUCUGGGACAGAUGCUGUCCUUGUGUAUUUGUGGAACGGCCAUCACCAGCCAAUAUUUGGCAGAAAAGUACAGAGUGAACUGUCCCAUGUUUCAGAGCUUUCUCAACUAUUGCAUGUUGUUCCUCAUUUAUACAACGAUGCUGGCUUUUCGGUCAGGCAGUGAUAACCUGUUAGGCAUCUUGAGAAGAAAGUGGUGGAAGUACAUCCUGCUGGGACUAGCCGAUGUGGAAGCUAAUUACCUGAUUGUCAAAGCGUACCAGUACACCACUCUAACCAGUGUCCAGCUUUUGGAUUGCUUUGGGAUUCCCGUGUUGAUGGCUCUCUCAUGGUUUAUUCUUCACGCAAGAUACAGGGUGAUCCACUUCGUGGCCGUGUUUGUGUGUCUGUUGGGCGUAGGAACCAUGGUUGGUGCAGACAUACUAGCAGGGAGGAAGGACGGUUCAGGGAGUGAUGUGCUGAUUGGUGAUAUCUUGGUCCUGCUUGGGGCAUCCCUCUAUUCUGUUUCCAACGUAUCUGAAGAAUACAUUGUGAAGAACCUGAGCAGACUGGAAUUUUUAGGAAUGCUGGGUUUAUUUGGAACAAUUAUCAGUGGCAUACAGCUAUUGAUUGUGGAACAUAAGGAUGUGGCCAGCAUUCAUUGGAACUGGAAAAUUGCCCUGCUGUUGUUGGCCUUUGCCCUCUGUAUGUUUUGCCUGUACAGCUUCAUGCCACUGGUGAUUAAGGUCACCAGUGCGACUUCUGUCAACCUGGGCAUCCUGACCGCUGACCUCUACAGCCUUUUCUUUGGACUCUUUCUGUUUGGCUAUAAGUUUUCAGUACUCUACAUCCUGUCCUUCACCAUCAUCAUGAUGGGGUUUGUCUUGUACUGCUCCACCCCGACACGCACAGCAGAGCCAGGAGAAAGCAGCAGCGUGCCCCCGGUGACCACCAUUGGCAUCGACAACCUGGGACUGAAGCUUGAGGAGAGCGGCUUCCCGGAGGCCCAGUCUGCCGCCCUGUAGCUGGGGAGCUGGCACAUGCCGCGGUACCUCCGGGGAAGGGCAGCUGCCAAGGCCGAAGCGUGGAGUUGGAGCAGACACUGCAGCAGCGUACGCAUCCAAAAGGAACAUCGAACAAUGUACCCGAAGUAGAAAUACCAAAAUAAAGCAGGACCUGAGGCAAGGAUCGCGUUUCUGUAUGCUGCAGAGGCUCCAUGCUGGGGGCUCCUGCAGAGGCACGCAGGAGAAAGCAGGGUGGGGAGCUCCCCAGGAGGCAGGCCUGAGAGCUGGCUGUCCAGGGUGUGCCAGGUGCUCAGGAGUGGGGACAGACCGGUGCGGUGCUGGAGAACAUUUCCACUGUUGUGAGCUUUGAGUUUUUGUCCCAGCCAACGCAGUCAUUGUCCACAGGCCUUGUGGCCUUCAGUAAUGGUGAGGCCUGGUCACGGCAUACGGCAGGGAGGAUGGGAGCAGGCCUUGAGAAGUCUUGGGAUGGAAGAAUGGCUCCUGUGGGAAUGCUGAACGGGAGCGAUGUCGCCUAGGAACCCUCUCCCAAUCCUUUUCUCUUCUUUUCCUUGUCUCACCUCUUCUCUUCCUCUUUGCUCUUCUCUUUUUAAAGCUAGUUUUCCUCCAUCACUGUCUGCUCCCCACCAGCCACAUUCAGUCUACGUUCCAAGUACAGAGUACACUCUGCCCUCAGCUCUGACUCCUCCACGUUUUCAGUCCCGCACCCACUCCCCCAAGAUUCCCGCAGACCUGGGCACCCGUGUGGACGCCGUCCUCUUUACAAAGUUCUCAUGACUCCCAGCUUUAUUAAUUUUCAGCUCAGAAAAUUAAGUCUUACUACAGAUCAUCACAUCACGAAGAAAGCUUUUCUGCUAGAACUGGUAAAAAGAAACCAAAACCCCAAAUUAACAAUUUCUCAGAGAAGAGUUGCCCCACAGCACAAGUCCCCAGCUGUUCAAAAGAGGACAUGACGCUGCUUCGUGUCUGAUGUGUGUAAUGCCACGGUAUUUCCCCAACACAGUGUUAAUGUGUAGCAUCAGAAUAGUAUUAACCACCAGUAUGCCAUUUCGGAAAGCUCAACUUUGUAUGCAAAUUUUUGUAAAAAUAUGAUAAAUUGUUUGUGAUCAUGUGAUCAAAGGACUUUGCAUUCAUGGAAAUGCAGUCACUGUGUGUUUUACAUCAACCAGUUCCUGUGGAUAUUAAAUGUCUUGAAAAAAAAAAUGACUUGAGGUGCAAGGGAUGAUCAAAAUAUAUGGUUUCAGUUAAAUUUAUAGUAAGAGACACAUUGCCAUUAUUAAUCUCCCCAAAAUACUCCCUCUUUUUCAAGCACACUUACUGUUCUGGCCACUUUCUGAAGCAGUUCUGGAAGUCAGGUUUUGUGAAUGUCUUUGUGGGGUGUGAUUAAAAACAGCAGUCACUGGUGCUGCCAAGUGCCAUCCCGUGAAAAUGUAUGGACUUGUAGAAGGGCCAGAGAUUUAGUUCAGCAGUCCAGGCACCUGCACAGCAAGUGCAAGGACGUGAGUUUGAUCCCCAGUAAACCCCUUCCCCCCUGCAAAAACUCCAUCAUAAUGAUACGUCCUCCUUCACCUUAUUUACCAAGUCUGCCACCAUGCAAGCUCUGGCUCUUCCCGAAAGUCAAAAUGAUCAUUAAAGGUAAAUGCUUUGAGUUGAUUCAGGACAUCAAGGCGGCCAUGACAGCUCAGCUGAAGACACUCAGCAGAGAAGACGCUGUUUCAGAAAGUGGCAAGAACACUAAGAGAAUCGUAUUUGAAGUAAGGCGGAGUGUGGGGGGUACUAAUAGCAAUGUGUCUUUUUUAAUAAAUCUUAAAAAUUUAAACAUUCACUUUUUUUUGGAGACAGGGUUUUGUGAUGUACUUCAGGCUAGCCUUGAGUUCAGUAUGUAGCCCGGGGCUGCCUCAAAUUCCCAGUGAUUCUCCUGCCUCAGCUUCUUGAGUGCUAAGCUUACAGGUAUGUGUUGUCACACCCAGAAACAUUUGCCAAAAUUUUUAAAUCACACUUCGUCUUCAAGAUUUCUUCAUAACCAACUUUCAAAUCAUGUUUCCCAUGAGAUGAGGUAGACAAAAUUGCGAGUACGCCAAGAUUAAUGAAAUUCAGAGCUUAAAGAUCAUUUGUAGCAAUGAAUAUUUUCUAACUCUCAGUGACCACAAUGGAUUUUUUAAAUUACUUUUUUCAGUGCAAUAACUUUUCAUUCCCUGCAACCUAUUAAAAGUGGUUUUACUAUU